AUGAAGUUUUCAAUAUUUGCCUUAACUACGCUUGUUAGUACAAUAUCAUUAGCUGCUGCUGCACCCACUCCUGAUAGCACAGAGACAGGAAAAUACGUUGUCCUGGAUUACCUUGUUCCAGAUGAAGCUAUUAAUAACAAGGUUGAGAUAACCGAUGACCAACAACCACUUGUGGUAGAAGAAAGUGGAAAGAAAUAUGUCCUCAUUGUGAAUGCUACUUUGGCCGAAUCAGUCAUUUCCAAAGCAGGCAUUGACAUCGAGGGAUUAGAGGCUGCAUUUGCUAAGUCAGACGAUACUGCAUCUGUCUCCAAGAGGGACGCCAACGCCGAUGCCGAGGCAAAGUUCCAUUGGAUGACAUAUAGGUUCUUCCAGCCUAACUUGAGGAAAAGAGAAGCGAAUGCUGAUGCUAAGUUCCAUUGGAUGACAUACCGUUUCUUCCAGCCAAACUUGAAAAAAAGAGAAGCCAACGCAGAUGCAGAAGCUAAAUUUCACUGGAUGACAUAUAGGUUCUUCCAACCUAAUUUAAAGAAGAGAGAAGCCAAUGCUGAAGCCAAUGCAGAUGCAAAAUUUCAUUGGAUGACAUAUAGGUUCUUCCAACCUAAUUUAAAGAAGAGAGAAGCCAACGCAGAUGCGGAAGCUAAAUUUCACUGGAUGACUUACAGAUUCUUCCAGCCAAAUUUAUAG